AUGACUAUCGACGUGGAUGAAACAUUAAAACGCAUUUCCAGCAAGAAGGGAGUCAAAGCUGUGGUCAUUCUGAAUAACGAAGGUCAGGCUAUUCGAUCUACCAUGGACCACGAUAUGACAAAGCAGUAUGGACAGUUAAUAUCGUCCCUUGUUCAGCAAACACGCACUACUGUAGCCACAUUGGACGAUCAGAAUGAACUAACUUUUAUGAGAGUGCGAACCAAGAAACAUGAAAUUAUGAUUGCUCCUGAUCAUGAAUACUUGUUAAUUGUAGUCCAAAAUCCAGCAGAAGUAAUGCAACAAUAA